AUUAAACUAUAACUGUCUUUGUUUUCAGGAAGGAAUGCAGAGAGAGGGUGCAUGGGCUUCUUUGUGUUGUGGUUUAAAGUUACAGCACAGCUUUUUUUCCCCAUUUUAACAAGUUUGAAAUCUCUGCUAUCUCUCUGACUGAGAAUAUUUUAGUUUGUCUGGUAGGUAGGAAAAUGAACUUAAAUUUGUUGGCAGGGCUUUUUUCAUGCAACUUAUCCAAGCGUGAUGAUAAUAAAGCUUUUUGGCUUUUGCAUGCUACUCUUUUGCCAUCUAUUUAAAUGCAUUCACUGUAAACAGUUUCAUUGAAGGAAACUACUGCUUUGUGCACCCAAUCUGCCUUUUUUAAAGUGAACUUUAACCUAUUACUUCUGAAGUGCUGAGAGGUUCAAAUCUGUCUUCUGGAAAUGAAUACCGCUCAACCGUGGCACAUCUGAUUGGAUGAAAGUUUUUUUCUGGGUCACACACAGCCAAUGAAAAACGUUUACGUGUCUGACUGUAGAUGAGUGAUGAGUAAAGAGUAUAGAAACGUAAUAUGAAAUGUUUGAAGGUUGAAAAGUGGGAAGUAAAGAUAGGAUAGAGAAUUUAGAAAUCAGACUUUGUAGAAAGAAUUUGUCUCCGUCAGAGCCUGAAUAAUGUUGUGCUGUCUGCUCUGUGUAGUUUAUUACAUAGCUACACCUCUUGUCUUUCAGAAUGAAAAUCGCAGACAUGAAAACAUCUCAAGGUAUCCGAGUAUGAUGCAAAGUGAUUUCUGCAUUGUCACAAAUAUAUGAAUACAAAGAUGCAGACAUCAUAUCCUGAAUCACAUUCAGAAAGGAGAAAAGACACCAGAGACGUGUUAAGAGAUGGAGCUGGCUGUAACUGCUUUUGGAGACAGACAGGAUGUGGGUGACUAAAGUUGCAGCUCUUUGUCUGCUGGCCCUCGUGGCCUCUGCGGAGGACAAGAAGCUGAGUAGCCAUGCCACCACGCUGGCUGACAACAGCGCCAACCUGGCUUUCAGCCUCUACCACAACAUGGCAAAGGAGAAAGACACAGAGAACAUCCUCAUCUCUCCUGUGGUGGUGGCCUCCUCCCUGGGAAUGGUGGCUCUUGGUGGCAAGGCAUCCACUGCCUCCCAGGUCAAAACCGUCCUGAGUGCUGACAAACUAAAGGAUGAGCAUCUGCAUGCAGGCCUCUCUGAGCUUCUCUCUGAGGUGAGCGAUGCCAAAAAACGCAACACUACCUGGAUGAUCAACAACCGCCUCUAUGGCCCCAGCUCCGUCUCCUUCGCUGAUGACUUUGUGAAGACCAGCAAGAAGCACUACAACUAUGACCACUCCAAAAUAAACUUCAGGGACAAGAGGAGUGCGGUAAACUCCAUCAACGAGUGGGCAGCCAAGUCAACAGGUGGAAAGCUGCCUGAGAUCACCAAGGAUGUGCAGAACGCAGAUGGAGCCAUGAUUGUCAACGCCAUGUUCUUCAAGCCUCACUGGGAUGAGAAGUUCCAUGAAAAAAUGGUGGACAACCGUGGUUUCCUUGUUAGUCGCUCAUUCACUGUUGGAGUUCCCAUGAUGCAUCGCACAGGUCUGUAUGACUUCUAUGAGGACACAGAGAACCGUAUCUUUGUGCUGAAUAUGCCCCUGGGCCAGAAACAGGCCUCCAUGAUACUCAUCAUGCCCUACCACCUGGAGCCCCUGGAACGCCUGGAGAAACUCCUGACCAGGAAGCAGGUGGACACUUGGCUCAGCAAGAUGGAGAACAAGGCCGUGGCCAUCUCCCUCCCCAAAAUCUCUGUGGAAGUCAGCCACAACCUGCAGAAACACCUGGCUGAGCUGGGCCUGACUGAAGCUGUGGACAAAGCCAAGGCUGACCUGUCCAACAUCUCCGGAAAGAAGGACCUCUACCUGUCUAACGUCUUCCAUGCGUCAGCCCUGGAACUGAACAUUGAAGGAAACCCAUAUGACACCAGCAUCUUCGGCUCUGAGAAAUUGAGGAACCCCAAACUCUUCUAUGUAGAUCACCCCUUCAUCUUCCUGGUGAAGGACAAUAAGACCAACUCUAUCAUGUACAUUGGCAGAGUCGUUAGACCCAAAGGAGAUAAGAUGCGUGAUGAGCUAUAAUUUUAAUGUUAUGAGCUCUGGUGGUUAGCUUUGUUAUUUGUGAAAUUAUGGCAGGAAACUGUGUGUGUGAGUUCCUUUUUUUUUUUUUUUAGGUAAGAUUGUUACCUCAAGAGCACAUUCCAAUAGACAACCUGUGUACUGAAUAUCUGAGCUAACUGUUUUUAGACACACUAAAUCUUAGAUUGAAUAACCCCCUUGGAUUUAAUAACACGAACAUGCGGCUCACUUGAGAUUUCCAUAAACAAAACAUGCUUAUAUUAAGUAUGAUCUCAUUUUCUUACAUCCUGUUUUUGCCUGUAUCGGUCAGCCUUUGGUCCAUGUGUGCUUUUUUGCAAUAUCUUUAAUGUUUAAAGAAAAAAAAAAGAUCCUUGCACAAGCUUGUUUGACAGUUCUGUCUCAUUCCUUCCCUCCAUGUGCUCAGUUUUUUUAUACCUUGCCCGUCUGCACUGAAUUGUUCCUCUGCAGUGAGCUGAGCUUGCAGUGGAAAGGGGGGCAAACAUCUGGUAUCAUACUGUGUCAUUUUGUUGCUCUAGGUAUUUUCCACAAAGAGGCUGUUGGAAUUGUGUGAUUAUGAAAUAAGGUGUUCAUUUUUCCAAUAAAAAUAAAGAAAAAGAUCAUUGUG